UCGUUUCCCUCCCGCUUCAGUAGACGCCCAGGCGAGAGCACUGGUGCGAACUUUACUUUACGUGGACAUACUUCAUUUGAAAAAGUAGCGUUUUUCUUAAAAAUUCCUAACCUUAUAUCCACGUAAUUACGUGGAUUUGGUGCGAAUAGACACAGCGUUGAAAUUAAUGUUAUUUUGUAAUAAUUUGAAUCAGAUACUUUUACUAUUGAUGCUAAAAAGAUCUCAUAUUUGGCUGUAAACUAAAAUGUCAUCAUGGAAAAAAGCCGCCAAGGCAUCACAAAAAACGCACAGGGAGCGUCACCAGCCAGAAGCUCGCAAAUUUUUAGGUCUUUUGGAGAAAAAGAAGGAUUACGUGGCAAGGGCUAGAGACUACAACGAGAAACAGGCCACCUUGAAGCAGUUGCGGAAACGUGCCCUGAAUAAGAAUCCCGACGAGUUUUAUUUUCAUAUGAUCAAUGCCAAAGUAAAGGAUGGCAUUCAUCAAGAGAAGGACAUGGAAGAGAAAUACACCCCAGACCAAAUCAAGCUCAUGAAAACCCAGGAUUUAAAGUACAUAUCUUACAAGAGAAAUUUGGAAAGAAUGAAGGUUGAAAAGCUUCACAGCACAUUGCACAUGAUUGAUGCUGCAAAUGAAGUUGAAAACCAGCAUAUAUUUUUUGUGGAUGACAGUGAGGAUGUUAAAAAUUUUGAUCUUUGCCAAAGGCUGAAUACACAUCCAGCUCUGUUAAACCGACGAACCAACAGGCCAAGACUGGAUGCAUUACAAAAGAUGAAACUGCCCGAACUAGACGAAUCCACUUUGCACAAGAUCGAACAGAGAAAGCUACAGGCUUACAAGGAGUUGAGUAAGCGCGUGGAUCGUGAAAAACAAUUGACUGUCGUGCAGCAAGUGUUGGAAGUGAAAAAUGCUUUGAGGAAUCGAAAGGUGACACAACCAAUACAAGUUAAACGUGGUUCGAAAGACAGUGCACCCAUCUACAGAUGGAAGUACGAAAGAAAGAGAUAAAGGUAAUAAUUUUCAACUGA